AGCCUGCGCGGUACGUGUGUGGGACCUGCGGCGCCGUGCUGGGGUCAGCCUGGUCGCUGGUGCAGCACGUCCAGUCUUCGCACGGCAUCAUCAUCUACCAGGAGGCACCUGGGUGCACGCCCGUCUCCACGCCCUCCACGCCUCCAGGGAUGCCCAGGCCGUCUCAUUCCUCUCCACUGGCGUCGGUGUCCUCCACAGCACCCACUGCUUCGGGGCCUCACCCACCGCCACUCCAGCUGCUCGACCCCUCCAAGGUCGACCUCAGCAAAGUGGAUAUUACAAAAGUGGAUCUAUCCAAAGUGGAUUUGAGUAAAAUCACACCACCGGUGACAUCGGGCGCGACGCCCCUGCCUCCCCAUCCACCUGUGAACGCACCCCUACUCGACCCCAACCACCCCUUCAACCUCCUCCGGGUACCUCUUGGGGACGGACGUGCGCCCUUCCCGCCUGGUCUCACCCCGCCCUUCAUGCGGCCGGGACACGACUUUCGCAUGGAUCAGCUCCUGCAGGAGGGGCUGCGUCUUAAUCCCGGACUACUCCCUCCUCCGUUCGAACGGCCGCCCUUUCUUGACCCAGGGCUGGGUGCACCCCGCCAUGCGGCGCCCACGCCCUUAACUUCAGGCGGAGAUCCCAAUCUUGACUUCUACUCUCAGCGACUGAGGCAACUGGCAGGCACGACCAGUCCCACUAGCUCGACCUCGCCCCGCAAGCCGCUCCCAACGCCACCCUUCGCCUCGCCCAAUGCACCCACACCCUCUAGUCUAGCGCCCUCCCAGACGCCCACUUCCACCCGUACUGAUCCAGCCUUGAUGGUGCAGGAGCGACGCUUCAAGUGCAUGACCUGCUGCAAGUGCUUCCGGUGGGAGAGCAACCUCGCCAUCCACCAGCGGCUCCACACUGGCGAGAAGGACUUCCGCUGCCCCAGGUGCCAAGAAACAUUACCCACACCCCAAAAAUUACGCCUGCACAUGAAGGCGCACAAGAAGAGUUCAAGCACGGAAACUAAUUCUCCAGACUCCUCACGCCCUCAGACCGAGGACGAUAUUGACGAGGAAGAGGAGGAAGAGGAAGAGGAGGAGGAUGAGGAAAUAGAUGACGACGACGACAAUCCUUCUAUUUGUGAUAGCGGGGACGAGGAAGAAGAAGACAUUGUAGAAGACGACAUCGAAGACGAUGAGCCCGAAGAUCUCUCCACUACCUCUAAGAUUACCUCAGUGCCCACCUCUCAGAGCGUGUCGUCCAGCACCGCAGACAACCACAAGAUGACCAGGGGAGACCAACAAAAGUCAGUCGUUGGGGAACUCAUGGAUAAGUUCGGCCUGACGAGCAUCUCUGCCUACAGCGAGGCUUAUCAUCAGGCACUUAAAGAAUCCGGUCGUCUUACCCACCACCACCACCACCACAUCAUUGGUAAAGACGGUGAGAAAAUCCACACGAACGGGAUAGAGAAGUUGAAGUUACGGGACGAUCUGACGAAAGGGUUAAUGGGUAGCCAACCAACGCUAGAUGUGGCCCAUCAGACGCUUCUGGGCGCGUUCGAUAACCCUUACGAUGCUCAGAAACGCUUAGUCCAAGCCCAGAGGGAUGGAAGCUUAUAUGCAGGAUUAUGGCUUCCCAAUCUGGCAGGAACGGGUUCACCCAAAGACUUGUUCCCCGGUCUGCCAACGUCAGAAGCGAACUUUUUGCACCGUAAACUGCUGACGGAGGGGCCCAUUAAGCCUGGUGAUGUUCCGGUGUGUCUGCCCAAACCAGGCACAAGUUCUGCACCAGGGACGCCUCUCUCUCUCGUGCCCCCACCAAAGAAAGAGAGCCGAAGGAAUGACACAUGCGAAUUCUGUGGUAAAGUGUUCAAAAACUGCUCGAAUCUAACAGUUCACCGACGGUCUCACACGGGCGAGAAGCCCUACAAGUGCGACCUCUGUAGUUAUGCAUGUGCGCAAAGUUCAAAGCUAACGCGACACAUGAAAACGCACGGCCGCAUGGGGAAAGAUGUGUACCGCUGUCGGUUUUGUGAUAUGCCAUUUAGUGUCGCCUCCACACUAGAAAAGCAUAUGCGAAAAUGUGUUGUGAAUCAAAAUAAGAAAGGGUUGUUUCCCCCGCUCUCGGCUGGCACGCACGAGGGACUCGAGUCUUACAAGGGUCUCCACUACACUCCUGUCAUCAGUGAUGAUUCUUCCAAAUCUGGAAGUUUGUUUUCCCCGCAUUUCAACGCCGCUGCGGCUGCUAACACCUCCAAUGAUGACACCGGGGACUCCUCAAAUCUGUCGGGCCCUGGGUCUUGAGAUUGGGCCCCCAUGGUAGCGUCCCAACUGCCGCCGCCAGGGACCCAAGGGCUUGCUCCUCCAACUUUGGGAUUUCCUAGGGCGGCCACUCACCACUGGGUGGCAUCUGGCCGCCCACCUCCUCCGCUUUUGCUGAGGGGGGUGUCUGGCCCUUUGGCUCCCACGGCGCCGCCCUGGACGUCUCCAGUGGCACCGCGGCCUCCCGGGACACCGCCCCGAGCCCCGGCACCGCCCACCUGACCAGCGUCGGCGGCAGCAGCAGCAGCAGGAUGGGUGGCGUAGCCCGCACAUUCCCCACACCUCGCGUCACGUGACUUCCCAGUGAGAGGGCGCCCGUCCCACCCCCGUGCGACAGUGGGCGCCUCAACAUGCUAGUCCUGUGUGCUGUGCGGUGGUGUCAGCAGCAGCACGCCCACACUCGGCCCAUUGUUCCUAUUGAUGUUAUGUGUUGUGUAGUGUAUGUUGUCCUACCUUGGCUGGUCACAACAGUGGCGGCCGGUGUACUAGCCCCCAGGAGUGCCAGUGCCAACAGCGGCUGACCCGCACCAAUGCCACCAAUAGCUAACCCGCACCAGUGACACAGCAGUCAAAUCAACACGACAACCACAAGGAGCCUAAAAAAAAACCACUCCAUUCUUGAACUUCCUCUCCAAGAGUUAUGGAAAAUGACCCACUAAUCUUAAUUACAUCACAUUGAAAGCUAAACGGCGCAACUAAGUUAUCCAUUUGAACUUAUAUUCACAUUCUUAUUGCUCAAAACUUAUUUAGUGGCUGAAGCAUCAGCGUGAUGAAACAGAUCUGUCGUCCGCUGUGGGUGGAAUAAGGUCCAGAUGACGUUUCCAGACGUGUUACUUCCAGAUCAAUAUUUGAUUUUGAGUUGUCUUAUGGUGGGUCGAGCAAGUUUGUCGAGUUGCUGUAGACAGAGAGAAAACAAAUUACAGGAGCUAUUUCCUGCAAAGAUGGCUACCCCCCUUUCACCUCAGGGAAACCUGGACUGUUUACUUGGGUGGUUGUCGACUGAACGAUCAGAAUCAAAAGGACGUGUCCUGGACCACAGAGUCAAACAUGUGACAAUAUUAGACCAGUGUGAAGUGAGCGUGUGGACGGUUCGACGAUCAACACUGGCACUUCCUCCUCCUGUAGUAUUGACUUCAUGAGUUGUCACUAAAAAUCUGUUUGUCGUGUCUUUGUAUCCGUUUGUCUUUCCAAUUGAGUCUUCGACAGAUUUAUGCAUAAAUAAUGGCUGCAAUUCAUUUUUUUUUGGUAUGUGCAGUUGAAUAUAGUAAGGCACUGCUAAAUUCUUAGGAUCAAAAGACAACUCUCCUUCACUGUUCAGACGUCUGCCUCACAGCAGUGCCUGGCUCAUCCACGCACCUGUUUAUUCUAAAUCAGACAUGUGUCUACUGGUGUAAUACCUCUCUAUAAUUAGCAUAUACAACUAUUUAAACCAUGCUGUUAUCUGUCCAGACUAAAUAUUAUUUUCUGAAUGAAUCAAACAUGUAUAACAAAUUUUUCAAGCACACACUCAUCCCCCCUCCCUCCACCCCCUUUCCUUCCACACAUACACACACACACACACACACACACACACACACCACACACACACACACACACACACACACACACACACACCCACACACACACACACCCACACACACACAUGAUUACCCCCGUUUUGAACCCCACACACCUGUUGCAGUCCAGACAGCCAUCGAACACAUUGGCGCCAUCCGAACACACACACACGUGUCAUUAUAACGACCGGAUCUGUGUAUAACGACCAAUGAAAUAGAACGGAUCAUUUGCUCAGGCUAAUUGCUCAACCUAAAAUUGUAUUUGUUAAUGAUUUACAAAGCACAUGAACAAAAUUUUAUAAUUGUUAUAUUUUUUUGGAUUUCGUUUUAGUAUUGAAUUUGAGAUUUCUUUGCUAAAAAUGUUGGUUGAGCGAGGGGUGACUUGAGCAAACAUAGCACCGACAAACAUUUGUAUUAAGGCCGACACACCCGUGUCACGUAAACCAAAAAUGAGACCUUAAGCUACAUGUUGCUAACGACUCUCUUGUCCACAGUUUUCUCAGGAGAUACCGACCCACAAUACAGGAGGGCAGACCUGCUGCUUUGGCUUAUUUACAAACUCAUAGGCUGCUAGGUGACCUUGCUAGGCGGUCUAGUCCUAGUUAGAUGGCACAGCCGUGCUAAGUGCGGUAGCUUGUUGAGUUUAGAAUACACUGAAAGGUAUUCAGAGUCAGUAAUGUCAAUUCCAUUCAAAAUCAUACCGAAAAAAGCCACGUAAAGCCAUAUGAUAUAUUAUA